AUGCAGCCCGUUCCGGCACACCUUGCGGGCCAGUACGAUAUUGUGCAUAUCGGCCGCAUCUUUCGAUACAUACAGCACGAGAAUCCGUCAAGGCUCUUGGAAAACUUCACUUCGCUUCUCAAACCGGGAGGAUACCUUUGCUGGGACGAGUUGGAUCUCGGCUCAGAGCAUCCACAGUCAUCCGAUCCUAACGUGUCUCAUAUACACGCAGAUAGGAUCGAAGACGGUGCUUAUCGUCCGUACGGUUGGGUCGGCGAACUCGAUAGCAUCUUUCGCUCCUACGGUCUCGAAUGA